AAAAGUGUGGCCCCUUCUGCAGUCCUGCUACUCCGUAGAUCCAACCCUCUGUCUGCAAGUACCUUCAUGUUGUUCCGUCGCCAACGAUGAACUUUCAGACCCGUUUUUAACACGCACAAAGAUAAAAAAAUAAAACAGUAAAGUAGGAUUUAAUUUAUGACUCUUUUGUGUGGAAAUCUGGGAUAAUGGGCAUACUGGAAAAGGUGGGCUGGAAUGAUUGGGAACACGAAUCCUACCCAAGCUAUGGAGAUCUCGCAUUGCUUCCGCUGUUCGUCCUGUUCUUCCCCACUAUCAGAUUCUUGCUUGAUAGGUUCUUGUUUGAGAGUAUUGCGAGACGUUUCAUAUUUUCCAAGGGACAGCAGGUGGUAGAGAAUGAGACUGACGAGCGGAGGAAAAAAAUAAAGAAAUUCAAGGAAUCUGCAUGGAAAUUUCUGUAUUAUCUUUCAGCUGAAGUAUUUGCAGUUGCUGUUACCUAUAACGAGCCUUGGUUCACCAAAACAAAAUGUUUCUGGGUUGGGCCUGGGGAUCAGGUGUGGCCUGACCAGAAAUACAAGUCAAAGUUGAAGGCUCUUUAUAUGUAUGCUGGUGGGUUCUACACAUAUUCCAUAUUUGCUCUUAUAUUUUGGGAAACAAGGCGCUCUGACUUUGGUGUUUCAAUGAGCCACCACAUUGCUACCGCCGUGCUCAUUGUAUUGUCAUAUAUAUUCAGGUUUGCACGUGUUGGUUCGGUUGUUCUAGCCAUUCAUGAUGGUAGUGACAUACUUUUGGAAAUAGCAAAAAUGUCAAAAUAUAGCGGUGCCGAAGCUCUUGCGAGCUUUUCAUUCGUUCUUUUUGUCUUGUCUUGGGUCCUUCUCCGCCUCAUAUACUUCCCUUUUUGGAUUUUAUGGAGUACAAGCUAUGAAGUUGUACAGACUUUGGAUAAGGAUAAACACAAAGUGGAAGGACCAAUAUAUUACUACAUCUUCAAUUCUCUUCUGUUUUGCUUGCUUGUUCUUCAUAUAUAUUGGUGGGUCCUGAUGUAUAGGAUGCUUGUUAAACAAAUCCAGUCAAGGGGUCAACUCAGUGACGAUGUUCGAUCUGAUUCUGAGGAAGAAAAUGAACACGAAGAUUGAUCCUUUCAGAAGGGUUUCCCCUGUCAUCCACGUGGAGGUGGCAUGAAGAGUUCCAUGAAUCCUUCUCUUUUGCAAUGAAGACCAACCGUAGAUUCGCGUAAUAUUUUUCAAGUCAGGAAACACGAAAGUAGGUCCUAGUUAGGUACAGUUGCAAAUUGAAGAUACAUUGUAACUGAACAUAAUGUUUCCCUCAUUAUAUUUUUGGUUUUGCCACAAAUGAGUCUUUCCAAACCCUAUUAAUUUCACAGGAAUGUAUAAGGCUUGACUCGGUUGGGUUACAGUUUGGUUCUUGACCGGCCCGUUCCAAGUUAGGGUAGCGGUGGAACUGGAACAUUAAACAACCGGAACUUUAAUCAGGUAAACAGGUUAAGGUUCCCGUUUGAACCGAAGAAUGAGUGUCGCUUCAGUUCCUUUACCCCAACCUGUUCUGAUCCAGCCCGAUUAUGGAUCUGGAACCGUGUCCCGCCCAGGGACGGAUCCAAGAUUUCGAGUCAAGGGGGGCGAAAUUUUUUUCAUUAGUGUAGGGGGUAAAAAAUUUUCCGCUUGUGUAGCAGGGCGAAUUUUUUUCUCCAGUGUAGCGUGAUGAAUUUUUCCGCUAAUGUAUGACUCUAUGACUAGUUUUUGUUCAAAAAUUUUCAUGAGUAAAUACACGAUGACAUUUAAAUCUA